UGCCUGCUCUCUGCAGGCGGGUAGGUGUAUCGGGGGAGGGGGGAGAAAGGGGAGGGAAACCGCCGUCGUAUCCAGCAAUUCCAGGAAACUCGGCAGCAACAACCAGAAUAUCCAAAAGAGACAUAUAGCCAUGGUGUGAUACGUGCACAUGCUUGGAAAAUAUAGCACAUAAAUAAAACGCUACCUUUGCCAGGACAUGGAACCUCCCGACUGCUGUAGAUUAAGCAGGCAGGGUAGCUCAUCUGAAGAUGCUACAUUUGGAUGUGCUGAAGAGGAAGAGUCUUCUGAUGAGCUCAGCGUGGAGGUGGCCUGUGGCACCUCCCCACCAUGUACACAGCGGCAGAUAAAACGCAUGUCUGGUAAACACCAGAGGCAUAAUGCAAACAAGGCUAUGAAGAGAGUUGUAAACAAAGACAAGAUGAGUGUUUCCAACAGAACUCCACAAAAAGAAAACGGCAAACCAGGCGAGAUUCCAGAAGAACAUAGUUACAAGCAGGGAAAAAAGCAUCGCUCAAAUAUUCGGUCAACAGAACGAGAUCACAAAAAAACAUUUGAAGGCUCUUUUAUGUUAGACACUGUAACUGGGUCCCUUCCAAAAAACAUGGAUCCACGCAAGCCUUACCUCAGUCUUGGCUGUGUCAGUACAAAACAUCCUCACUCUAUGCCGGUACCAUUAGCUAGGACUACACGGCAGACAUCUCGUACUGAUUGCCCAAUUGAUCGGUUGAAAUUCUUUGAAACAUUGCGACUUUUAUUGAGACUUACCUCAGUUUCUUCAAAGAAAAAGGAGAAAGAGCAGAUAGAGAAUACCUCCUUUAUGGGUAUGAACAAUGAAGUAAUAUGGCUUGAACUGCAGGCCUGGCAUGCACGCCGCUCCAUUGGAGAUCAGGAUGUGUUUUUGUAUACGGCUCGGCAGGCCAUUCCAGAAAUAAUUAAUGAGGUCUUGCACUUUAAAGUUGACUACAGGAGCUUGAAUAAUCAAAAGGAGUAUGGUAGUUGUGAUGAUAUUCUUGGGGAGGAUGAUGAAAAUAAUGACCAUGAAAAGGUCUCGCAAAUCAGUCCUAUGAGACCCACAAGUUAUCAUGAACACCUCCAACGUCAAAGGUUGUCUUUUGAGCAGGUAAAAAGAGUUAUGGAGCUGCUAGAGUCUGUAGAAGCACUUUACCCAUCAUUGUUGACCCUUCAAAGGGAUUAUGAAAAAUAUGCUGCCAAGGAUUUUCAAAGCAGGGUGCAGGCACUCUGUUUAUGGUUGAACAUUACGAAGGAUCUUAACCAGAAGCUUAGAAUUAUGGGGACAGUUUUGGGUAUAAAGAAUCUUUCAGAUAUUGGCUGGCCAGUGUUUGAGAUUCCUUCUCCCCGACCAUCUAAAGGGAAUGAGGAGGAGGAAGAUGAGGAAAAUGACUCUACAGCUACAUAUACAGAAGGGAGUGAAGAAGAAGAGCUGAUAGAGGACAUGGAGGGGGAGAUUACCCCUAACAAUGAUGAAUACAAUCACAAAGCACCCAGGCUCGAGAGGGUCAUAUCAGAGGAUGAUAUUACAUCUUCAGGAGCUCAGGAUCUUGUUGCUGAGGCUGGGUUUAGCAAAUAUUGUUCCACAUCUAUUUAUCGGCCAUUUGUGGAUAAAGCACUCAAACAGAUGGGUCUCAGGAAGCUUAUUUUACGACUACAUAAGUUAAUGGAUGGAUCUUUACAAAGAGCACGUUCUGCAUUAAUACAUAAUGACCAGCAACAAGAGCUUUCAGAUUUUCCAGAUCCCAUGCUAUGCAGUGAUUAUUUGCCAGAACUUACCAAGCACUUAUCAACAAAGUUGCCCAGUUCUGAGGAAAACAGCAACUCUGUGGCCUGGGAUGAGUUACUGGCAAUGGAUCUACCCUCAUUUGAGCCAGCCUUCCUUGUUUUGUGUCGUGUACUCUUAAAUGUCAUCCAUGAGUGCCUCAAACUGAGGCUUGAACAACGCCCUGCAGGAGAGCCUUCCUUGUUAAGCAUUAAACAGCUUGUGAUAGAAUGCAAAGAAGUUCUGAAAGGCGGUUUACUCAUGAAACAAUACUACCAAUUCAUGCUAAGAGGAGUGAUUAAUGAGCUACAAGGCUUGCAGAAAAACAGCAAUAUUGAUGAGUUUGAAGAGGAUCUACAUAAAAUGUUAAUGGUAUAUUUUGACUACAUGCGAAGCUGGAUCCAAAUGCUACAGCAUUUACCUCAAGCAUCUCACAGCUUAAAGAAUGUACUAGAAGAAGAGUGGAAUUUCACCAAAGUAAUAACUCCUUAUGUUCGAGGUGGAGAGGCUCAGUCCGGAAAGCUGUUCUGUGAAAUAGCAGGAAUGCUGCUGAAAUCUACGGGAGACUUUAUGGAAGCAGGACUUCAGAAGAGCUGUGAUGAAUUCUGGGAGAAUGCGGAUGACAAUACAGCCUCGGAUGAAAUCAGGAGAUCAGUAAUUGAGACAAGUCGUUCAUUAAAGCAGCUGUUCCAUGAAGUGAGAGAGAGAGCUUCAAAAGCACUAGGUUUUGCUAAAAUGCUCCGGAAGGAUUUGGAAAUAGCAGCAGAUUUUACAGUCACAGUAGGAAUUUCUGACCUCCUGCUAGCUCUUAGAACAAAACAAUACACUAAGGUUCAGAUUCCAGGACUGGAAGAUCUCCUUGUUUUUAUUCCUGCAAGUCUCUCGCCACAGAGAUCUGUUGUUCUUCACUUGCUUAAUGCAGCUGCCGGUAAGGACUGCUCCAAGGACUCUGAUGAUAUUAAUGAUGUAGCUUAUUUACUAAUGAUCAAACAGCAGUCAAAAGAUUGUAACACCACUGCUCAAUGGGAAGGAUCAUUUCUGAAAUUGGUACCACAAGUGGAGACUGUGGAUGCAUUGAGAAGUAUGCAGGUUGAUAAUCUUUUAUUGAUAAUAAUGCAUUCUGCUCAUUUGGUUACGCAAAGAAAAGUUUUUCUUCAGUCUAUGGAAGGCCUGAUUUCCUUGCACCGAGAACAGACCUCAAGCCAGCCUGUCAUUGCCAAAGUUCUUGAUCAGCUUAAGAAUGAAGCAUUGCAGCUGUGCAACAAAAUAGCCAAUGCAAUCAGUCAGGUCGAGUACUUGUUUACCUCUCAAUUUGAAAACGAAGUGGAGGACUCUGAACCAGCUACUUUACAACAGUACUAUAGAGAAGCCAUGAUUCAAAGCUACAACUUUGGUUUUGAGUAUCAUAAAGAAGUGGUUCGCUUAAUGUCUGGUGAAUUCCGGAAAAAAAUUGGGGACAAGUACAUUAGUUUUGCCAGAAAGUGGAUGAAUUAUGUUUUAACUAAAUGUGAAAGUGGAAGAGGCACAAGGCCAAGGUGGGCUACACAAGGGUUUGAUUUCCUCCAGUCAAUAGAACCAUCCUUUAUUUCAGCACUGAAUGAAGAUGACUUUUUGAGUUUACAGACCCUGAUGAAUGAGUGCAUUGGCCAUGUGAUAGGCAAGCCUCAUAGUCCAAUUGCAGGUUUAUACUUGGCUCCUACUCAUCGAACUAGUCCUCGUCCUGUCAAAGUCCCUCGAUGUCAUAGUGACCCACCAAAUCCUCACCUCAUUAUUCCAAACCCAGAAGGCUUCAGUUCUAGGAGUCUCCCUUGUGACCUUCGGAACCAGUUGUGCGCUACUGUCACCCGCCCCGCCCCAGUCGGUGGGGAUCCUAAUCACCCCAAACCCAUCAACAGCACUAAUGAAAUCAGAGGAACAAAUGCACCUGAAAAUGAUAGGCUGUCUUCAGUUGCAGCUGAGCUACAGUUCAAAUCAUUGAGUCGGCAUUCAAGCCCUACUGAAGAUCGUGAAGAGCCCACAUUUCCAAAGGGAGACCAAAAUGUUUCAAGAAGAAGUUGGGAACUUCGCAGUCUAAUAACGCAGUCUAAAGAUGUAGCUGCAAAGCAGAGCCCAAUGGAAGCAGUGAGAAGAGCGAUUAAACAGUUUGAGGAAGAGAGAUAUAGAUUAAUGAAACAGAAAAAUAUUAUUGGACAGGUGUGCAGCACCCCAUCAUGCGAUACUGUCAUGCAUGUAGGUUUACGAAAAGUUACCUUCAAAUGGCAGAGGGGAAACAAAAUAGGUGAAGGCCAGUAUGGAAAAGUGUAUACAUGCAUUAAUGUUGACACCGGUGAACUGAUGGCAAUGAAAGAAAUUAGGUUUCAGCCAAAUGAUCAUAAAACAAUAAAAGAGACUGCUGAUGAACUGAAGAUAUUUGAGGGCAUUAAACAUCCUAACCUUGUUAGGUACUUUGGUGUGGAGUUGCACAGAGAAGAAAUGUACAUCUUUAUGGAGUUUUGUGAUGAAGGCACCUUGGAGGAGGUGUCUCGACUUGGUCUACAGGAACACGUGAUCCGACUAUACACCAAACAGAUAACCACUGCAAUCAAUGUGCUACAUGACCAUGGAAUUGUACAUAGAGAUAUUAAAGGAGCCAACAUAUUUCUAACUUCCUGUGGACUUAUUAAGCUGGGAGACUUUGGAUGUUCAGUCAAGCUAAAAAAUAAUGCACAAACAAUGCCAGGGGAGGUAAACAGCACUCUGGGAACAGCAGCUUACAUGGCUCCAGAGGUCAUUACCAGAGCAAAGGGUGAAGGACAUGGAAGAGCAGCAGACAUUUGGAGCUUGGGUUGUGUGCUCAUUGAAAUGGUCACAGGCAAACGUCCUUGGCAUGAAUAUGAGCACAACUUCCAGAUAAUGUACAAGGUCGGGAUGGGUCACAAGCCUCCAGUUCCUGAAAAACUGAGCACAGAGGGCAAAGACUUUCUAACUCAUUGUUUAGAGAGUGAACCAAAGCGACGAUGGACAGCCAGUCAGCUUCUGGAUCAUCCUUUUGUCAAGGUUUGCACAGAUGAAGAAUGAGAUGAGAAAAUGACAUUGGAAGAAAUAAUGACACAAGAAAAGUCACUACUGUAUGUAAUAUUUACAAAGACUGUUUUUAAUAAAAUCUCUGUAUUUAGCAUUUAAGGGUUAGUGGAAAAAAGUACUCCCUUCUUAAAGGAACAAUCUAAUGUGCAUUUUGGCAGCUGAGGAGCAACUUGUAUGUUUUAUUUUCCUUUGUACAUAAUGUCAGCUGUAACCCUUGUAUAUACUGUACUACAAAUAUAAAGUUCUUCUGCCUCUGAAGCAGCCGAAUGGGGUGGGAAAGAAUUUGAGAUGUUCAGCCAAGUUGUUUCCAGCCUUAGUGCCCUCCUUCUUUUAUCUUGUACACGUACAUUAAGGACAUGACCUCCUCGGCAAACGCCUGUCCACUAUGCUGCACAUAAUCGAGGCAUUUGGUUUAUAGAAAUAAAGUGUCUCUCUUUGGUA